AUGUCAUUAGAUAUUGGAUAUAACAUGCAACAUGGAAAGAAAAAUAGCACCCCAGAGGUUCCAAAGGAGGAGCAAGCACCUAAAGCAGUUGCUCCUACACAAGAACAAAUUUUAGCUAUUAAGGCUGCAAUUGUGGAUUCCCAAACUCUGGAAGAGGUGGCAAGGCUUGAACAGGCACAGAAAACUGGCCAACUUCCUGCUGAUUUAAACAUUGGAGAGAUUGAUGAUGCAGGUAAAAGUGAAAAUGCCAGAGAGGACAAAAUGGUUACUGAUAGUGAAGAAAAAACCAAUGAUCAACCUGGAAAGGCUAAAUCUGAAAAUAAGAAUGAUGGUCCUGAAGAAAUGGAGCAAGAGUAA